AUGCUGAGGAUAGACUCGAAACGGUUGCCUCUCAGGCUCAAAAGGUCAUGCACUGAUGUACUCAAUCCAUCUUUGAUGGCUGACAUUGUUACAGAACAAUGGAUUCAAAUUCAGCGGUUUGAGCAGGCUCUUCAUAUUACACACAAGUUUUUGGCUUCAGGUUCUUUAUUUGCUAAAUUCAUAAGUUUUGCUGAAUUAGUGGGGCACAACACGGCAUGA